GCUCGUGGCGAUAGUUGAAACCUACCUGUGCUCAGCUGCAGCCGGCGUCUGCGAACUACAAUUCGGUUGCCUAGGAAACAAAAACAAACCAAGCGACAGGAUUCUAUUUCUAAUUCGCUACAGCAGCUGCUUCGCUGUUUGGAAAAACAGUUUCUUUUUACACAUUCGUACAAGUUAAUAGAAGCUUUAAGAAUGACGCUAAACGAAACGCAAACUGGGAAUGUGCCUCCAUCGCCAGCCGGUUAUCAGAUGCGUCCCGAGUUAAGUGAAACAUUCAAAUCGGAAAAGAUACGUGAAAUCAUCAACACUGUAUUGACCGACACUCUCACUGGGCAAACAUACUCGGCGGCAGAUGCAUCUCGCUGGACGAAAUCGAUGGCGGACGAAAUAAGCUUACAAGUGAAGGAUCUGCAAAUGCACCAUUACAAGCAUGUGGUUCAGGUGUGGCUGGGGCAACAGCUCGGCGCUGGAUGCAAAUGUGUGGCCCGCUGCCGUUGGGACACGGAGUGUGAUAACUACGCAACGGCCGAAUUUAAGAACUCAACCAUGUUCUGCGUGGUGACAGUUUAUGGUCUCUAUCUGUAUUGACGGGAAACUGGCAAUGCGCUGGAACACGGGCUGCACGAGCAAGGGAGGAUGGUGGAACAUUGUGUCAUCAGCGCGAAUGACUACUUCAUCUGAUUGGCGAUGAUGGUGAUGAUGAUGCUCGUAGUGAUAUUACACUUUCUUGUGUUGAGUGAAGUUGCUUAAAUGUACAUAAAUCUCCUGUGUGUGUUCAAUAGUUGUAACACCUACUGAAGUCAAUUGUAGUUCGAUAUGCCAUCGUGUUGGAGCAGUGAGUCAAGCCGAACGUUCGUCGUGGCUGAAAUUGGGCAAAACCACCAGGGAUCGUUAAGCACGGCAAAGCAGAUGAUAAAAGCUGCAAAGGUAUUAUUCAACAUCGGCUGCAUGUUCAACUGCAUCCAGCAGCGCAGUAAAGCGAAACCAUGGAUCCCGUUAUAGGAAUGUGGAGCCGAUUGUGUAAAGUUCCAGCGAUCAAAUUUGGCGGAAAAGUUCACGGUCUCCGCCUUGGCACGCCCUUACACCGGACCAAACUCGUGGGGUCGUACGUACGGAGAGCACAAAGCAUGGCUUGAAUUUUCCAGCGACGAGUACCGGGAGUUGCAGCGCUUUGCCACUGACCACGACAUUGUGUUUACCGCAUCAGCAAUGGAUGCCGCAUCCUUUCGAGAGUUGGAGGAGCAGCUACGAGUCCCGUUCAUCAAAAUAGGGUCUGGGGAUGCUGAUAACGUGCCUCUGCUGCGGUAUGCCGCAAAUCGCACCAUUCCACUAAUCAUAUCCACGGGCAUGCUAGAUUGGGAUCAAGUUUGCAGCAUUUACACCCAGUUCCGUCAUCGUAAAGACGUUGCCCUGCUUCAUUGUGUUUCCUCCUAUCCGACCCCGCCAGGGGACAUAAUGUUGCGUAUGAUUCCGUUACUUCGAGCCCACUUUCCUGAACUGACGAUAGGUUAUUCGGGACAUGAGCUUGGUAUACAGCACUCCGUAGCGAGUGUGGCUUUAGGUGCGAAAAUAGUCGAACGACACUUUACGCUAGACAAGGCGUGGAAAGGGACCGAUCAUCAGGCGUCAUUGAAUCCGGCCGAAUUUGGUCGCAUGGUACGGUGUAUUAGAGCGAUAGAAAACGAUGUUCCGAUUGAUGCAAGCGCAUUGAUUGAUCGAUUGCGAGAAGUGCUGCAAGGGGAGGAUCUGGAUGAACCGGAGUUACUGGCCGCUUUAAAGGAGAUUGAUCCACAUCACCGACAGCUGCUAGAAUGUGAACGACCGUGUUACAAUAAGCUGGGGAAAUCGUUGGUGUAUGGUAGUGAUUUGAACUGUGGAACGGUUCUGACCGAGUCCAAUGUUCAGGUGAAGGUCAGCGAACCUAAAGGCCUCUCUCCGCGAUUGUACGAUUCCGUUGUGGGAAGAACAGUAAAAUGCGCUGUCUUGAAGGACGAUCCCAUUCUAAUGCAACAUUUUUAAACACAUUUAGUAAAGCCAUGUAUCGAACGAAGGAGUGUGUUAGAGAAUAAUCUGAGUUUAUUUUUUCCACAAAAAGUCUGUCCGCUGGGUUCGCUUUCGUACAGAGUAUAAGAGAAAUAAAUUUAAACUGCCUGCUUAAA